UUGCUGAAGGACCUGUUUUUCAACCUCAGGACCUCCACCAGGACCGACUGGAGCAACAUAAACAUAGAGAAGCGUCACGACUUUAAAUUUUGGGCCGACGUCACUCACAACUUCGGUUUUGACAUUCUCAAGUGCGUGUUCGGCAUCGGGUCCUCCUACUGCGACAGUCACGCUCUCACCACCUACUACGUUCACUCCGUUUUCGGCGACGAGCUGCGUUCGACUUCCAACUACGUCAUGUGUCUCAAGAACGAGGUGGCUUUCCACCUUCUCAACGGCAUGAUCGAGAACAGGGUGCCCGGGUCUCUCAGGCUAAUCAUUCGCGGGAACGGCUACGUCUUUUUUGAGAAUCGCAUCAACGAGCUUCUAAACACCAAUCAGAUAAAUCAGGACGCUCUCUGUCACAACAUGAACGCUCUCGGCACUCUCUUUCCCUAUUUGAUGGAGUACGAAUCGGUUAACUUGUCUCAGCUCUGCUUCCGGUUCGUCACUUCUAAGCUCUGGAAGUACAUGUGGGCUUACAUCGGCGUCAACUUAAAGGGCAAGUCUGGCGACUUCAACGAGAAGCUCUUUCUCGCCUUCCUCGAGCUCGCCACCACGAUUAUUUACGGCUCUCGGGGACCUGGGUUUCUCAGGCGCCUCCACUCAUCCUCUUCUCGCUACCUUUGGAACUCCGUUCUUCCCCUAGUUUCUUGGAGCAUGGAGAAGCGCAUUCUCUGCAAGAUUGUUUCCUUCAUUUCCGACAUUUUGCUGCUCAGUGUUUGCGACGGCUGUCACGAGACAAUUCCCUCAGACGUCUACGACGCUCUCAGGCACAACGUAAACCUUUCUCUUCACAACGGCCGGUCUGAGGGCUUCGGCCCCUUCGAGGGCCUUUCCAGCAGCGAUUUCAAGGUCUACUACUCCAACACUUGCGUCGUAAUGCUCUCUAAGCUCGAGGAGGUUCUUUCAAAGAAGGUCAAGGAGAUCACCAGGAGUAUGCACACCAUCUAUGAGAUUUCCACUCUCGGCUCAUCCAGGCUGACUAUUCCUUACAACUGCAGGAACGUUUUCGAAUCUGAGGCUACCGAGAAGACUUCCGACUUUUCCACUCCUCCUAUAUUUCCCAGGAUUCUUCCCUGCUUCAACUUCAACUGUCCUCGUGUCUAUCACAUCGAUCUUCCUCAGAUCCACCUGGUCAACAACGACACCGUCAACUUUUUCUACUGCAAAAAGUGCGGCAUUCCUAGCUACUGCAGUGAGCGCUGUUUCAAUGAGCAUUGGCAAAUCUCCCAUAAAGAGGUACUUUAUUUAUCUCAUCACAAUUUUCAGAUCUGUCCGUACUUCAUGAACUUUCCCACCUUCGCGAAGUAUAUACCCAAAUCUGACAUGUCGAUCCUUUCAACGCUCGAUCAUUCAGAUUUCAAUUGCGUGCAAUCGGAUUCCAAGAACAAUUGGAAUCCAAUUUUUUAA